AAAUAAAUAAAACGUAAAACUCAGCAGAAAGUAAUAAAAUAAGAGCGGACACGUCGCACGAAAAUAAAAAAACGAGCCGGAGGAGAGGAAGCCAAAGUGUCAACAAGGACACUUCAAAGGAUAGAGGACAGAGAACAGAGAACAACGGAGUGGAGGAGUCGGGAGCCGAUUGUCCGUAGACCCCGAAGACAGUCAGCAGCGAAUUCCCCGCUGGCGAGCAAUUGAGCAAUUGUGCAAAAUGGAUGCGCUACGCUUCCGUGGUUCGCCAUUUGCCCGCUUCACGGGCCAGUCAACCGGACCGGGUCAUCCCCGCCCACCGCCACACCCCCAGCAUCCGCAGCAUCCGCAGCGCCCACAGCCAAUGGGAUCCCAUGGCAUCGGCGCUCCGGAGCCCCUGAUUGUGGUGGAGGAGUCCAACCUGCCCGAGGAGCAGGAGGACAGCUCCGAGCCGACGGUCUCGAAUCGCGGCAGCCUGGACAUCGAUUCGCCCGUAAAUCCGUAUCUGCUGUCGCCGUGGCGCGAUCCCCGGGAGGCCCGCAAGCACUCGCUGCCCUCGCAGCAGGUGACCGACGGCAUCACGGCCAGCCAGGUGCGACGACUAUCGGAGCGCGGCGGCGAGGGCUCGGGGCCGACGCCCAAGGAGGCCGCCUUCCUGGCCACCCUCUCGCAGGCUCCGGCGCCCACCGGACGACGUCACUCGGUGGUGACCAUCUCCAAGGUGCCCACCACCAUAUUCGGAAGAUCGCGUCGCGAGUCCGUGGCCGCAUAUCCCAGCAACAAUGGAAGCAGUCGUGUUUUGAAUUCACGUCGCGAGAGCAACACAGGUCCCCCGUCGACAGACCCCAUCGGGAGCAUCCACAAUCUGCAGCUGGACAUCAUGGACGACAUCUACUUGCAGUCGAGGAAGGCGCGCUUGAAGCUCUGGACCUCCUCCAACGAGAAGGUGUGCGAGGUGCAGACAGUCGAUGAGGCGGGCACCGGUCAGCCGGGCAGGCGCUUCACCAACCGACGCUACUCGGAGUGUCCUCAGCCGGGAUUGGCCAGCUCCUUUCGUCGCGCCUCCGAGCUGCCGCCUCCGCAAAAUCAGCAACAGCAGCAGCAGAGCUCCAACACUCGGGCCUCGACGCGUCGCAAGAAGUCGGGCAGUGGAACCGGACUUUUGGGCAGUCGUUCGGACAUCGCCGGCAUAUUCAGCUCGUUGACCAGCUCGGCCAUGGACAUGCACCGGCCGGAACCGGAGGGCCGGGACGGCAGCUCCAGUGCCAGCUCCUCGGCCACGGCCACGGCCAGCAGUCCGUUUCUCAGCCAAUCCUUUCAGGCGGCCGCCCGCGGACGGGCCACCAGUGCAACGCCCACACCGACGGCACACAGCGGCUUGCAGUCCCUCGGCGGCGCAGGGGGCGGAUUGGCAGUCGGCGGCAGCGGCAGCGGCAGCGGCAGCGGCAGCGGCAGCUCAGCGGGCCUGCUCGAUCCCAAUGCCGGUCGCUCGACGCGCUCCAACAGCUUCGAUGUGUCCCUGCUGAACAAUGCCAAGCAGCUGGUGAGCGAUGUGCAGGACAAUGGAUCGGCCACCUUGACGGGAUGGUUUGCCAAGCGGCACACUCCGUUGGCGCGAAAGAAGAGUGUGCGCAGCAAGAGUUCGGCGGUGGCGCUCUCGAAGGACGUGCUGGAGCGUUUGCAGAAGAAGGAUCCGUUGGGCGGCGAUUCGGGUAAGCCGAAACUGAAGCCCAGGAGCAAGCAAAAGACCUGGGCGGAAUCGACCAAGGCGACGGUGGAUGCCACCAUUUUGGGCACAGCCAUCGAGGGAUUUCUUCGCAAGAGCUCCAAUGCCAGCAUGGCCGGUGGAUCUGGAACGGGUGCUGGAUCGUCGAGCGGAGCCUCCACAUCGGCGGCUGCCCGCGGUGCCACGCCCAAGGGGGGCGGCGGCAAGGAGUCGGGCAGCGCCAGCGGCAGUCCCGCCCACGGAGCCCGUCGCAGUCGAGCCUCCGCCGGCAGUUCCGCUCAGUCGCAGGCCGGCCGUGCCGUUCGCUCCACACUUAACUGGUUCGGCAAGGCCGACGAGGACGACUCGAAGGACACGUGCGACGCCUCGCUUUGCGCGACGCUCAAGGACCUGUUCGUCAAAUAGGUCGGGGGCCGCAGAGGCAAGUAAAGCAAUGGGUGGAGUCCCGGCUAGAGCAGCACAACGCCAGCUACUUGCACCUCUGAGAUCCAGAAAUCCUUAUCGAAAUCCGAAAACAAAACGAACGAAGUUGGAGGCUUACACAACCCAGUGAACAAUAAGCACAGCAGCAGUAUUCAUUAUUUAAAAUCACCAUUAAAUCACAUAACAGACAGGCAAGCAAAUGCUUAAUGACAGAUUAAAAGCACAGCAAAGUCGCCCUUGCACACAAAAGGAGAUGCAAAUAAUACAUCAACAUCGAAAUCAAAAUCAAUAAUAAUAAUCGCAGCACUUGCAUACAUAACUCACAAACAAUAUAAUAAUUGACAGCAGGCAAAGGCUUCACAAAACACGUCCAUUAAAUUCAAACACUGAGAA